GGCGGCGGCAACUCUGCUCUAAUUGGUUGAACUUGGGUGCUCGCGGAGCCGAAUGAGAAGCGCUAGGCUCCCAGCAGUGAUCUGGGUGUGGGUUCGGGCUUGAGAAGGUUUUGUGUUUGGGGUUUGCUCGCCCUCCCUUUUUUUGAAGACCGGAGGCCGGCCGCCAGGUGUGGGCGAUUUGAAACCUGAGGUUGAGUUCCUGUUUUCCGUUCUGCCUGCGGGAACCUUUGGGGAAGCGUGGAAGGAAAGGAAGGGCGUGCGCUUGGUGACCGGCCCCUUCCUCUGCUUGGUCGCGGAGUCCCACCCUGCCGUGCUGUGUGGAAUGGUUUUCGGCUCUUCUGGCCGCAGUUUGGUUUGUUAGAAGUGGAAACUGAUGCAUUGAGGGUGGAAAAAAGGUCUUUCCCCUAUCCGUUCUCCAAGGACGCUAAAGAAGUUGCAGAUUUGUCUAGUUUCUAGACACGUGUACUGGAAUGUUCAGCGGAAAAUGGCUUAAAUGUUGGAGAAGAGAGCAGGAACUCCUAGCAUUUUAAGGGAUUUGUGUAUAUUUCCUAAACUGACUUUUGACCACCAUCCAACACCGGCAACUUGGGAUUCGUAAGCGUCUCUCGCCAUCCUGCUGCGGUUCCAACAUGUUCUCCUGUUGGUUAAGUCGGCUGUGCAGGGGUUUAUCCACACCCACCGGAAGGGUCACCCACCUGAUCCAGGGCUCUCUCUCCAGAAGGCUGAUGCUCAGUUCACAGAGAAUUCCAGGUUGAAAGCAGUGAAGAGCUCUGUCCUCUAAACAGUACUUCCUGUUCUCUACGGCUGGAGUGCUCUUACUCUGUUUUCCUGUAGACUUAACUGGAUAUCCUUAUGUGUAGAGACAGAUCACUCACUCCUUCCUGUCUUAUAAUGUAGAUUUUCCCCUGGAGUUAAAAACAAAACAAACAAAGCAGAAAAGUAACCACAUGAAUUCUGCUUUUAGCUGAUGGUACUAAUAAAAAGGAUUCUUAAAAAAUUCUUUAAUAUUUGAGAAUAUCUUGAAUAGUGUUUUCUAGUGUACAAGUGACUGGUGUCACUGUAGAUUCAUACUAAAGCCAUUUACCGUACCAUCAAACUAAUGUAAUUCCUAAGGUCCGAUUUGGGGAAAAUGUGUGCUAUUAAGAGUAGGGUUAAUUUUAGGUCUUAACGCAAAUGCUAUCUGAUCAAAUUUAGAUUUCCUAAGACAGGGCAAAAUUUACAUUAAGACCAUUAAUUCACUUGGCUUUUGACACAGUUGCAGGUAAAUCGAAUAGUGAUUGAAUCAAAUUACAGACUUCCAACUUACUUUGUAAGUUUAAUUCAUUGACAUGUAAUACCUAAAAUGAAAUAAUUUAGGAGUCUUUACUGUUAAGCAGUUCACAAAUGAUCUAUUUUUAAUCUUUUCUGCUUUAAAGAAUUGAGUAGCUUUGUUGCUCGGACCAACACGUGCGGAGAAUUGCGUUCUUCUCACUUAGGCCAGGAAGUCACCUUGUGUGGAUGGAUUCAGUACCGAAGUCCGCUGCUUCUGUGAAGAAGAUUUUAUGUGAAGCCCCAAUGGAGUCUGUGGUGCAAGUAUCCGGGACGGUAAUUUCCCGACCUCCAGGACAAGAGAAUCCAAAAAUGCCAACAGGUGAGAUUGAAAUCAAAGUUAAAUCAGCUCAACUUCUGAAUACCUGCAAGAAGCUGCCCUUCGAAAUUAAGGACUUCGUGAAGAAAACAGAGGCUCUUCGUUUGCAGUAUCGCUACUUAGACUUGCGCAGUUUCCAAAUGCAGUACAACCUGCGACUGAGGUCCCGGAUGGUCAUGAAAAUGCGGGAAUAUCUCUGUAAUCUACAUGGGUUUGUGGAUAUAGAAACACCAACAUUGUUUAAGAGGACUCCAGGGGGUGCAAAAGAGUUUGUAAUACCAUCCAGGGAACCUGGAAAGUUUUAUUGUCUCCCUCAGAGUCCUCAACAGUUUAAGCAGCUUCUGAUGGUUGGUGGUUUAGACAGAUAUUUUCAGGUUGCCCGAUGUUAUCGAGAUGAAGGUUCGAGACCAGACCGACAGCCCGAGUUUACUCAGAUUGACAUAGAGAUGUCUUUUGUAGACCAGAUUGGAAUCCGGAGUCUAAUUGAGGGCUUGCUCCAGUAUUCCUGGCCCAGUGAUAAAGAUCCUGUGGUGGUUCCUUUUCCUUCUAUGACUUUUGCUGAGGCAUUGGCCAGCUAUGGAACUGAUAAACCCGACACUCGCUUUGGGAUGAAGAUUGUAGAUAUUAGUGAUGUGUUCAGAAACACAAAGGUUGGAUUUCUUCAAGAUGCACUUAGUAAACCCCAAGGAACGGUCAAGGCCAUAUGUAUCUCUGAAGGAGCAAAAUACUUAAAAAGGAAGGACAUUGAGUCUCUUAGAAAAUUGGCAGCUGACCAUUUUAAUCAGGAAGUCUUACCUGUAUUCCCAAAAGCCAAUAGAAACUGGAAUUCUCCAGUUGCUAAGUCCAUAAUGGAGGAGCAAAGAUCAGAACUAAUCAGACUGAUGGAGAUCCAAGAGGACGGUGUGGUCCUGCUCACGGCCGGAGAGCACAGGAAAGCAUGCUCUGUUUUGGGAAAACUACGACUGGAAUGUGCUGACCUUCUAGAAGCAAGAGGAUUGGUGCUCCGUGACCCAGCUCUGUUCUCUUUCCUUUGGGUUGUGGAUUUCCCACUCUUCCUCCCCAAGGAGGAAAAUCCUGGCGAGCUGGAGUCAGCCCACCACCCAUUUACUGCUCCCCACCCCAGCGACAUCCACCUCUUACACACUGAACCCAAACAGGUCCGUAGCCAACACUAUGACUUGGUUUUAAAUGGCAAUGAGAUAGGAGGUGGUUCUAUCCGAAUACAUGACGCAGAGCUCCAGCGUUACAUUCUGGCAACACUGCUAAAGGAAGAUGUGAAAUUGCUCUCCCACCUACUCCAGGCUUUAGAUUUUGGGGCGCCCCCUCAUGGAGGAAUUGCCUUAGGUUUGGACAGACUGAUAUGCCUUGUCACUGGAGCACCAAGCAUCAGAGAUGUCAUAGCCUUCCCCAAAUCCUUCCGGGGGCAUGACCUCAUGAGCAAUGCCCCAGAUUCUCUCCCUCCUGAGGAACUGAAGCCCUAUCAUAUCCAGGUCUCCUGGCCAGCAGACUCAGAAGCAGAAAAGAGUUCAUUGAAUCAGCCAUAUCAUCCAGAAAGCUGAGCUUUUCAGCUUUGUCCUCUUUGCUUCCCCAAGGCUGAAAUCAGAUGUGGAGUUCUGCCACAGGUCUGAUAAGUGGGUCUUUAGGUGGAAGGAACCCAGACAACAUUCUUUACCACAGUAAAGAAACAGAAGGUAUCCAAUUUUUACUUGAUAACAUGCAUUAUUAGGAUUUUUUUGUUUGGGACUUCUUUUGUAGUUUCUGACUUGGUCAGGUGUAAAGAUGGCCCUUUCUUGGAGAAUUGAACAGCUUAGUGUUUCUUAAUCAUGUUUUUCAUACCUGGAUAGUUAGUUGUCCACUGAAGACAAAGAUAAUCAGACCAUGUGAAACGUGGGGAAAUGCUUGCCCCUUUAGUCCCUUGAUGGAGGGGUCAGUUCAACCAGCCUUAUCAAGAGAAUCCUGUAAAUUAAGCUAGAUAGUGACAUGUUGACUCUCAGCAUAAUAUAGUGAGAAGCAGCAUGAUACAAUGCAAAAAAAAAAAUCACUGAAAUGGAAAUCACAGAAUCUUAAUGUUUCACCUUGAAGAAGUUACAGAAACAUCACUUAGCCUCCUUUCCUGCUUGUAUGAAAUGGGAACACUACUUGCCCUGGCUCCCUCACAAGGCUCUUCUUGCCAGAACCAGAGGAGAGGAUGUACGUGGAGGUAUUGUGAGUGAAAAUGCUUUGAAAAACUAUGAAGCAUUACACAAAUGUAAGAAAA